AUGUUCGCGUACGUACGGUACGAGCAAGAAGGCCAACGUGCCAUUCUUCCAGUUUCCCUGAUAAAAGAAAAGGAAAACCGCCCUUUUUGUGCGGUUGAGUUUGUCGGGGAUGACAGCGUGGCCGCUGUUCCGACGGCCUGGCUCAAUGCUGACAAGACGAUGUGUUCCUGGCCAAAAAACGUGCCACCGGCAUCAGUGAUAAAACUGGCCCAAUCUCAGGCCCCACCUGGGAAUGAAGAGGAGUGGCCCCUCCACCCUGUGCGGGUGUUCUCCUAUUGCAAAACAUACAAGAAGGCCAAAAGGAAGGCCACCGAGGAUCUCGAGAACUCGUGCUUGGAAAGCACAGAUGUCGGGGAGCCCGAUGAUGGAGCCACUGGGAAAGACAACACGGCCGACGCUCCUCUGCGUCUCUCAGUGCCCAUUCCACCUACUGGCCCGGGAGGUGCCUGUGCAAGGGCCCCUCCCAAGCGCAGGGCCCCAGACCCUCCAUCCAGUAAGGGGUGGUCCAAGGAAAGUCGGGCUCCUACAUCUCCCCUGGCAGAGCGGCAAGCCCCCAGAAGGCGGAAUUUGGAGGCAGCUGAGGUGGUUGAGGCUACCAUGUCCCCCUUCCAGUCGGAGCUUCUGAAGGUGGUGCUGGAUGUGCGGCACGAGGUGCACCUUCUCCGCCAGGACACGGCGCAGGUCCUGGCAAACCAGGAACAGCUGGCAGUGCGCAUCGCUCAGCUUGAGCGUGCGAACUGCCCGCCUGAUGCCCCAGUGCCGCCAGCGGUUUUUAUUUUACCGCUGGCGACAAUGGUAGAUUUUGAGGCAGCAGAGAGGCGCCUCAUCAACCCUGCUGAUCAGGCUGUCCUGAAGGAGCAGCUCUCCGGCCUGGGUGGCACCACUAUCGCGGAGGCUGUGCGGCGCACCCUGGAGCGGCUCCUGCGGAAGCAUGUGCAGAUGCACUUCAGCAUCUGCGGCCGCAGGGGCAACAAGCGGCCGUUCAGGGGCACGCAGCUCUGUGCCGUGGCCGUUGCUAUAAUCCGGAGCCGAGUGGGAGGCAGCGUGGUCGACGUGGAGCGUGCCAUUGGGGACUACUUGUCUGGGGCCCCGGAUCGCGAGGGAGGCAGGGCUGAGAGGAUGGCCAAGAAGAUUCAAGACGCGGCCAUCCUCUCAGCCCAAUUCGUCACUGUCCUGCCCAGCAGCCUGCCAGAGGGUGACUUUGACGUCCACGCUGACAUCCUGGACAGCUCACAGACGUGA